AGCCGAUCGGACACCAUUGUAUGGAUCUCUUCAGUCUCGAUUCCGUCUACGCAAUGUGGCUGGUUGAGCUCGAGAACCGGCAAAAUUGGCUCACAAAACUGCAACAACCUGAUGCCAUUCGUCUGUGAGAAAGGAACUCAGCCCUAUAUCGAACCGGUCAUGUGGCGUGCGGGCAUCGUGGUGGCGGUUGUGUUGGUCGCAAUUUUGGUGGCGAUCCUCUUCCUGCUCGCUUUGUGUUGGUGCAUCAAGUCCCGAAAGAGGAACGAGGACAGCAUCGAGCGAAAGAACAUCAUCAGAGCCAGCAUCAAACUGCAGAGGAAAGCAUCGGCUCCUCAUCGGAAGCAGCUUCCUUCCCAUCAGUCAGCAAAGGCCACUCUUAGCUCAUCGACCAUCAACGCGUACGGAGACCCGUUCAUCGCAGACAGUGUCGUUAGGAAAACGCCUCAUGGUCGAGCAGCUAGUACUCGUUCGCCCACGGAAACUGUUCGAACGGAGUGCUCGGACAGCUUAUCCACUGAUCGCACAUAUGAUCGUCUGAACUCUACCGAUACUUCCAGAGGAACGACAUCUUACACUUCCUACUCGAAGUCGAAACCCUCCACUACGGAUGUUUCAUCUGAAGGUUACUACAGUGGUAGAAUGUCAAUGAGGUACAGAAUU